UAGUCUUGUAAAAUCAGCAGCCAUGGACGGCUACCCAGAUCCAGACGAGGAGUUCGACUUGAUUUACGCCGAAGAAAUGGAAAUCAUGAGAGAAAGGGAAGAGGAAGAAAGGCAGCUUAUGGAAGAUGAUUUUGACACCGGUGCUCCGAAACGAGCAAAGAAAAGUUUGAGUUUCACUGGAAAGCAAAGCAAACCCAUUCAAGAGGAGGAGGCAGAUAACCUGCUCAACUCCAGUUUAACUGGCGUUGAAGACACACAGAGCAGCAGGAGGGUUCCUGACGUGUUGGAAAACUCCAGGAUGGAUGUGAUCAACGAAGAACUGAAUCGAGUCGGGAGCAGCAGGAAGAGGAAAGCCGACGAACUUUUCGGUGACAUUGAGGACAUUGAACGAGAAGAGUACUACGACAUCAUUUCAGAUGAUGUUAGAGGUAAAGAAAAGGAAAAGAAUGACGAGUUGGAGGAAGACUUGAGGUUGAUUGCAAGAAUCAGGGAGGAAAGGCAAAAAAUUCUUGCAGAAAACAAUUUGCUUCCAAACGAAAGAAAAUUUGAAGCAUCAAAUGGCCUUGGAAGUGAAUUUAUUACUAACAGAAUUCCCCGCUACCCAUUCAUCACUAUGCGGAACCAUAAUUCUGACAAGUAUUAUCUGCGCCUUAAAUCUGAGGACUAUUUGGCUACUGAGAUUGCUGGCGUAAAAGCAAAAUCAACAAACCUGCUUCCAACAUCAUUAGGAGAUACCUGGGCAGAAGCUCAAAGUUUGCUGAAGAAAAUGCAGUUUGUUCCAAGUACCCAACAAGAGGAGGAUGAGCUCUUGGAUAUGAUGGAAGUCUCAAGGAACAAGCCGGUAAUAAGCGAGAAGCUCUGGGUCGAAAAGUACCAACCUCACAGUUACAGAGAGCUUCUCAGUGAUGAGGGGACAAAUAAAACAGUUCUGAAGUGGUUGAAAAUGUGGGACCAUGUUGUUUUCAACAAGAAACUUCCAUCUAAAGAUAAUCGACCUUUUGUCAAAAAGCCUGAAGGGAAAUUUAGUGGUGGCAAAAACCCAUUUCGCACUCUGGACGAGGAGUACGACUCUCAUGGCCGGCCUAUGCAGAAAAUCGUUUUGUUGUGUGGCCCUCCAGGUCUUGGAAAAACCACUCUAGCUCAUAUUCUUGCAAAACAUGCAGGCUACAAUCCUGUUGAGGUAAAUGCAAGUGACGACAGCAGUCCUGAUGCAUUCAGAUUGGUGCUAGAGGCAGCCACUCAGAUGCGAUCUGUGAUCGGGGAUAACCCAAAGCCCAACUGCCUAGUUCUGGACGAAAUUGAUGGCACACCACUGCCUGCCAUUGAGGUCCUUUUGAAGUUCAUAACGGACAAAGACAUUUCCAAGGGAAAGAAAAAGAAGGGUGCAAAAGCGCAAAUUCUGAAAAGGCCCAUCAUUUGCAUUUGCAACGACCUCUACAAGCCAGCACUUCGACAACUCAAGCAACAGGCACUCAUUAUCAAUUUCCCUCCUACAGCAGCUCCUAGGCUGGCGCAACGUCUUCUCGAUGUUUCCAAACAGGAACAUCUAAAAACUGAUCUUGGCACUCUGCUCCUUCUCUGUGAUAAAACUGGAAAUGACAUUCGAUCGUGCCUGUCUUUCCUGCACUUCUUCAAAACAAAGAAUAAAGAAGUCAGACUGAUGGAUGUCCAGGGAGCCUCAGUUGGUCAGAAAGACACUCAAAAUGGACUUUUUGCAGUGUGGCAUGAGAUGUUCCAAAUCGUUAAACCGAAAAAUUCCAGAAAUUCAGGCUCUCAGAGAUCAAGAAUGUAUCGAAUUUUGAAGAUCGUCCAGAAUUUUGGGGAGUACGAGUUUUUGUCACAAGGAGUGUACGAAAAUUACCUGCACAUGAAAAUGAAGGAGACAGGAUUGAGAUCGAUUAUUUAUGGUUCAGCGUGGUUCUGCUACUUUGACUUCUUCAACACCCUGAUUAAGCAGCAGCAAAACUAUGCUGUCAUGUGUUACCUGCCCUACUGCUUCAUCACGUGGCACCUCCUGUACGCUGGUCUCGCCUGGCCCAAAAUCAACUUUCCGUCCAAACACAUCGAGGUCAAGAACAAAUCUGUGCAAAACGUUGCCACCCUGGCCUCACUCAUGAAGGGUAUGGAGCCAAGCAUCAGAUCGGGAAUCAAAGGCAUCGAACUUAUGUGUGACACCCUGCCGUUGAUGCUUCACAUCAUUUUGCCCAACCUGAAAGCUGUGAAUGCCCAACUGUUGAGUGCAGAUGAGAAAAAGGAACUGCAGAGGGUUGUUGACAUUUUCAUUGGGUAUAGUUUGUCUUUUAUCCAGGAGAGAACUGCAAAUGGAGAAAUGCUCUACAGACUUGAGCCAAAUGUCCCUGAACUUGUGCAGUUCUCGGAUGUACCAAAGGCGCCCGAAAUGAUUUACGCAGUUAAGCAGUUGGUCGGCCACGAAGUCGAUUCGGAAAAGCUUCGACGCAUCAGUCUUGCGUCUGGGACUCUGCAUGCCCAGGAGACACCGACCCCAACCAGAGUGGGCAAAAGCCAAGCCAAGCAGGCUGUGGAGCCAUCAUUGCCCAACCACUUGCAAACUCUCAGUCCCCAAAUUUUGAAGAAAGGUCCUCUCAAGCCGGGUUUGAAAAAUUGGCUCACCAUUACCAAAGCAGCACCAACUGCAUCUCAACAGGAAGCUGCAGCCAUAGAGGCCUUAAGGGUAGGACUGACAGAUAUCUCGUACUGCUACAAGGAGGGCUACAGCAAUGCGGUUCGCAAGACAAUCAAGAUUUCAGAGCUCCUCUAAUCAGAAUUCCUGCGUUUCCGUUUAGGACACGCGCUCGAGGAACAAAUCAAUUUGUCUGAUGCUUUCGACCGCAGUGUGAUUAGCAAACCAAUAAACACACAAUUAAAAAUUGGCUCGGCGUCGAAAGUUAUUGAGCAGAACAAACUGUGGAAAGAAAGUGGCUCUAAUUGCAAAAUUGCCUGACAUAAUAUUAUUAUCUUCGCGUCUGAUAGUGAGUGCAACGAGAAGUGAUUUUUCUCUCAACAAUCACCGGCUGCUGCAACUGCACCUGCGAGAUGUAAAAUUUAGUCCAUUGGCUUCAAAUCGCUUUUUUCCGCCGUGGGAUCUGUUGUUGUGUAAUCGUCUUGCAAACUUGCCCCGAUUGGAGCUGUGUGUGUGUGUGUGUGUGUUUUCGAGCAAUAAUUAGAGAGGCGGUUCUGUGCAGACCAGAAAUCGACGAUUUUGCUACUGAUCCUUUUGACACGAAAAAUUAGAAAUUGGAUAUGGAUUUUUCUUUAUAACGAUCAAUUAACAAUCUGUUCCGCGUAUUUAUUAAUGGUUUUAUCGACUUAAAAUAUGUAGCAAUUUUUAAACCCUUUUUCAACUUGGACUCUUAAUAGGGGUUACAAAUUGAGUGAGAAGAAAACAUGUUUUGAAAAUUUGCGCUGAUGGCCAAUAAAUUGUUAUUGAUAAUAGAAAUUCUAGAAAAUCUAUAAAAUUAAAUAACUAAUUUUAUUAUAGAGAGAAGCUCAUUAUUAUUAUUAUUAUUUAUUCUUCUCAGUCGAUACAAA